AUGGAACCUAACCGAGUGCCGUCGGCCAGGCAAGACCGGGAGCCGGAGCAGAGAGGAGGAGGAAGUGAAGACGAGCCGGUGCCGAAGCCGUUCCGGUGUUGGGUGUGUCUGAACAGGUUCGUAAGUAACCCGAAACUAGUGGACCACAUGCGGGUUAAUCACACGAACAAGUCGAAGAUAUGCCCGUGGUGCCCGGCUGCGUUUAUGCAGGAAAAGAGACUGGACCAACAUGUGCGCGUAGUGCACGGACGACCGUGGUUCGAGUACUCCGCAUGUCCCACGUGCGGCGUCAUAUUUAAGCCGGGCAUUACAAGAGAGGACCAUAAAAAGGCGCACGCAGGCGCGGCGCCCUACGUGUGCGUCGUGUGCCACAGGGCGUUCGCCCACCACAAGAACCUGUCUGAACAUAUGUGCUCGCACAGAGGGCAGAAACGGUGCAUGUGCGCGAUUUGCGGCAAAACGUACAUGAUGCCUGCCUACCUGGACAAACACAUUCGAACGAAGCACGGGCUCCCGGCGAAUCGUGUUUAA